CGAUCAUUGGAGGACUGGUGGCGGGGGGCGGGGGGCUCGGGUUCGGAUUUGGGCGGGAAUUGAAACCGCCUCUGCUGCCCGCAAGCGCUUGAUAGCUGCAAGUACCCAGCCUGGAAGGGAGCCAUGGUGCGGCCUGUGAGGAAUAAGAAGCCAGUCAAUUACUCACAGUUUGAGAACUCUGAAAGUGAUGUAGAUGAUGAUGAUUUUGUUUCUGCAACUGGACCUUUAAAUAAGAAAUCCAGAACACCAAACGAAUUAAAACUAGAAAAACCAAAACCCAAAUUGAAGAAUCUCCAGAAAGAAGACAUCCCAUUACAAGAGAAAACUCCUAAAAAAAGGAUGGCUUUAGAUGACAAACUCUACCAGAGAGACUUACAAGUCGCACUGGCAUUAUCAGCAAAGGAACUUCCAAUAGUCACCAUUGAUGUGGAGGGGUCUCAAGGCAGUGAAAAACAUGACAAUAGUGAAAGAGAAACAAUGGAUAAGUCUCCCCAUAUCUCCAAUUGCAGUGUAGCCAGUGAUUAUUUAGAUUUAGAUAAGAUUACUGAGGAAGAUGAUGUUCAUGGCGCUCAAGGGAGAAGAAAAGCAGCAUCUAAAGCUGUGGUUCAGCAGAGGAAGAUCCUUUUGGAAGGCAGUGAUGGUGACAGUGCAAAUGACUCCGAACCAGACUUUGCAACUGGUGAAGAUUCUGAAGAUGAUUCUGAUUUUAGUGAGAGUGAAGAUAAUGAUAAAGACUUCACUAUGAGAAAAAGUAAAGAAAUUAAAAAGAAAGAAGUGAAGGUUAAAUCUCCAGUUGUAAAGAAAGAGAAGAAAGCUAAGUCCAAAUGUAAUUCAUUAGUAGACUCUGCUCCAGCUGCUGUCAAAUCAGAAUCUCAGCCCUCAUCAAAAAAGGUUUCUCUUUCUUCAGAGGCAACUAGGAAACCAUUACAAAUACGCAGUCCUUCAAGUGAAAGCAAGAGACCUAAGUGGGUCCCACCAGCCAAGUCUCACUGAUGCUUCAAGAUUUCUUUGACCUUCACCCUUCUUGACAUUAUUAAAACCCUAACACAGCCCUGUUCAUUUUAUACCCAAACUAUUAGUGCCUUCCUAAUAGUUCCUUCUCCACUUGCUUUUGUCCAAUCAGUUGAAUCCUCUAUUCCAGUGAAAUGGAUACAUUUUUUGCCCCUUAAACAGAGUGUUUGUAUUCUUCUGUCACAGCCUCUCUUUAUGCAGUUUUCUCUUUCUAGUAAGUCUUUCUUCAUUUGUCCCCUGUCCUCUCAGUCAUUCCAAGUCUACUCAGGUUUAUUUUACUUCUUUUCAGUGACAUUCUUGGUUGGCCCACAGUGGUCAUUCCUCUAGUCAUAACUAGGUAUAAAUAGACAGAUUUAGGCCUGAGACGUGAUUAUUUAAUUUAUGAGUCUUCAUUCCAUCAUCUAAAAUAUUAGGCACUAUAUAAUCUUUAAUGUUUUUUUCCAGUUUAAACAACUAAGAUUUUAAUGAGGACUUAAAAAUUUUUGGAGAAGGAAAGGAGGAACAUUAGUUACUGAAUUAAUGAUGCAGUGUCAUUAGAAGGAUAAUCCUCAGUGUAUUUCUCCUGAGAAUAAUUAGUGAUUCCCCAACAAAAGGAAUUUUUAAAAAAAUGAUAUAAUGACAAGAAAUUUAAAGGUAGCAUAAUAAAAAAAGAUAGAAAAAAAUAAUGGAAUGAUAUGGCAUGGAUGGAUAAAGAGUUAAUAUCAGUGGGACUAGAAAGUUCAUACCUCAACAUCAUAAAAGCCAUAUAUGACAAACCCACAACCAACAUCAUACUCAAUGGACAAAAACUAAAACCAUUUUCCUAAGAACAGGAAUAAGACAGGGAUGCCCACUCUCACCACUCCUGUUCAACAGUACUGGAAGUGCUAGCCAUUGUGAUCAGACAAGAAGAAAUAAAAGGCAUCCAAAUUGGAAAAGUAGAAGUAAAACUGUCCUUAUUCAAGAUGACAUGAUACUGUACAUAGAAAACCCUAAAGACUCCAUCAAAAAUUAUUAGACUUAUUAAAUGAAUUAGGUAAUGUAGCAGGAUACAAAAUUAACACCAAGAAACCUAUGGCAUUUCUAUACACCAAUAGUGAACCUACAGAAAGAGAGACUAAAAAAACAAUCCCAUUUACCAUUGCAACAAAAAAAUUAAGAUACCUAGGAAUAAACUUAACUAAGGAAGUAAAAGACCUGUACUCAGAAAACUACACGAUGUUGAAAAAAGAGAGGAAGACAUAAACAGAUGGAAGAACAUACCGUGUUCAUGGAUUGGUAGAAUCAACAUCAUUAAAAUGUCCAUACUACCCAAAGCAAUCUAUAGAUUCAAUGUACUCCCCAUUAAGAGUUAAUAUCAUAAAGCACAAAGUGCUCAUAGAUUCAUUGUGUGAAAGGGUAAGGCAAGUAAUGUGAGAGAAUUGGGCCUGAGUCAUAAACUUGGGUGAGAAAGGAUUGUUGGACUUAAGAGCUCACACCCCUUUGAUAGGAAGCAUCUGUUGCUCAACUCCAUCUAAUUGUUUACAUGCAGGAUUAUUUCCAGGUCUGAUUUUUUACAAGCGAAACCAAAGAUGUAGAUUUUAAAGUGAAAUCUCUUGUUUUAAAAAUGAAUUUUUUUUUUUACACUAUGUGGACUAAACAAUAUAUCUGAGAGCUAGGUUUGACCUCAGAUUGCCAGUUAGUUACUAUUUUAUUCAAAUGUGAGAAGAUCACCAAGAUCCCAAUGGGAAAAUGAACCAAAGACAUGAACACAUUAAUAGUCUCAAGAAAUACAACUAGAAAUACAUAUGAAAAGAAUUUCAGUCUCACUGGUAAUUAAGGAAAUAUAAAUUAAAAUAAUAAAAUACUAUUUUAUACCUCAAACUAGAAAGUAAUAAAGCAGUAUAAUCUAGGGCACUCUGGGUUAUGGGGUAGCAGGUACAAUUAUCCUAUACUCGAGGCCCGGUGCACAAAA